GAGCAAUCAACUGGACUUUGAAUAGCCUUUCACCUGUACAUUUUGUGGAGUGGGGAGAAAGGCAGCAUUUUGAAGCAUGAAGACUAUGAUUCUGCUACUUUAUCUUCUAGGAUCAACUCGGUCAUUACCGACGCAGCUCAACCCUGCUUUGGGACUUCCUCCAACCAAACCGGCUCCACAUCAGGCAAAACUACUAAACCAGCAGCAGCCAAAUCAGGUAUUCCCCUCCUUAAGUCUAAUACCACUGACGCAAAUGUUCACACUGGGGUCAGAUCUGCAGCUGCUAAAUCCGGCCGCAGGGAUGGCACCUGGUAUCCAGACCCUCCCACUGAGCCUGGGGUCACUGAACGCACAACAGCAGCUGCAACCCCAAAUGUUGCCAGUUAUUGUAGCACACCUUGGAACCCAUGAGAAAAGCUGGUUGACCAGCAUUAAAAUGUGUCCUUUUGACUUUGUUUGCCUUUUCCUUUCCUCCUUCCAGCCGGUGGCCCCACAAAUCUUCACAGGCCUCCUUUUUCAACCACUGUUCCCGGGAGCCAUCCUGCCCACCAGUCCAGCUAAUCCAGAUGCCCAGAAUGGAAUCCUUCCUGCAGGGCAAGCAGGAGCGAAUCCUGCCAUCCAGGGAACUCCGGAGGGCUUCUCCCCAACUCCCAGCGACACGGAUGAUGACUUUGGAGUGACCGCCCCUGCUGGCAUCCAAAGGGGCAUGCACACUACCCAGGAAACCACCGCUGGGCCUCCAAAUGGAAUUCAGUAAGCUGUUUCAAAUUUUUCCACUAAGCCGCCUCACACGGGCUGAUCCAUGCGAAUCUUUUUCACUGGUCGC